UACACCGUGGCAACGAUACAGAGCAUCGCGUGACACGUGUUGUGAAGUGUUCAAGUGGUGAAUCGUCGUCUAAAUAUAAUAUAAUAUUAUUAACUAGAUAUUCACAAUUACGUGAGGACUUUCCGAUAGCACGUAAACGUGGACAAGCGUGCUGGACGUAAAUAUUGUAAUAUAAUAUAAGUAUUUAAGUACCUACCUACAUAACGUACAGACUGUGUCACCGCACGUCCAGGAGUCCGAGCAAUCAUUUUUUCAACAAAUUCAAACAUUGUAGCAUCUCAUUGGAUCGAAACUUUUACAUACAAUAGAACUUUAGAGGGAGUUGCGUCAUCGUGUUUUGGAUCACACUGGAUACGGAAGGUCUCUGAAUCACAGUCAAAGCAAAACAACAACCUGGGAAUUUCGUUACAUCGUAAUUAAGUGGAUAUUAUCGCGUUAGGUGAACAAAAAAAAAUCGAAAAUGACCUCUACUAUUUACGCUGCGUUUGUGUUGCAACAACACGAACUGGAAUCCAACGGCGUUUUAACGCAUCAGAUCAUGAAAUUCACGGAAUCCGAAGACCCCACGCACGCGCCGUACGUUAAGUUGGAGAACGUGUCCAUGGACACGCUUGCCGAGGCGAUACAGAAACGAAUAAGCGACAACAGCGCGUACAAGUUUUUGAACCGACGGUCGGACGACGACCGCGACGGCGUUAUGCUGUACGCGAUUCCCACGGUGGAAACCGACGACGAAGAACUUGACCAGUUCAAGUUUGUGUCCAGCCACGAGGGGACGAAGAGAGUUUUGUCCGAGGUCAUGGAGGACCUGGGCUGCGAGUACACUCGCCUGUUGCCGGACAUCGAGAUCGCCAGCGUCGAUUCGAUGGCCACCUGGACGCUGACCGUGUCCGAGAGCCACGAGUACCACGAACUGAGACUGACGCCGGGAAAUCGGUGCACCAAUGACGUGACGCCGCACACGAGCACCGCCGAGUUGCAGAUCAAUAACAUUCGUCUGUCGGAGAUAUUGUACUUGGCCGAGUACACGCACACGAUAAGUCCAAGUUUGGUGCGUUACUGUGACGUGCCAUUGUAUCUGGGCUCAAAACGGACUUGCGAGAGAUUUAAAUUCCCAAAGACGGCCAAGACGUCUGCGCAAAUUGUACGGGAAAUACAGCGAAAGAUCGACAGAACGCACGUACCUCUUACUGAGCUGUGGAACAUAGUAAUGGGUGGUGCCAAAUUUUUUAUAUAAUAUUUUUCAGCCUAUAUCAAAUCACGCGUGAAUUGUUUAGCCAUCCUUUUUUUAUGGCUGAACAUUUAAAUCAAAUCGAAUUGAUUAAGUUGUAUUGUUUUUGUGUGUGUGUGUGUGUGUGUGUUUAUAACCAUCUUAAUACGCACACACACAUAGUACUAUACACACAUAAUAUUAUAAUUCGAAAUAAAAGAUAAUUAUAUAUAAUAAUAUUAUAAUUAUUAAGCCCCAAAUAAGUGAAAUUAAUUUAUAUUACACCAGAAUAAUCAAUACGUUAGGUAGUCAAUUAAUCAUAAAAUAAGUAUUGUGUCUGAAUGUUUUAAGUUUACAAAACUCUAAAAAAAGAACCAGUAAAAGUGAUUUCAUAUUUGUAUUAAAAUUUAAAGUAUAAAAGUAUGUAAGUUUAAAGUGAAUUUGACUUCUAUUUUUAAAUUACAAAUUAUAAUAAGUAAUAAAAAUAAAAAUAAAAAUAUACAAUUUAAAAAUCGAUUUAAUAAAAUGUUAUAGUACGUAGAGGUAGGUACUUACUUUUAAUUUAUUAUCCGGAUUAGGUAUAUCGAUAAAAUGAGCUAUAACUCAAUCAAAAUAAAACUGAUCCUAGCUACAUCCAUCGCACACAUACAAAUCUAUAUAUUAACUAUAUAAUAUAUAGUUUUCAAACAAAUACCGAUGUUGUUCAAAAAAUAAUACAUAAAUCGGCAACUAGGAAACUAAAAUUAACCACAAAUACAUUUAAAAAAUGCUAAAAAUUAAAAUAAAAGUCAUGUACCUAUUUAUUAUACAUUUAGACAUGUAGUUGAAUAAUUAAAAAAUUAUUUUUCUUUUUAACUUAAUAUACGUUUAAAAUGAAAAAAUAGCUAUUGCAAUUAAUGUACACAAUCCAAACAGUACAAUAUUUAAGUAUACACGUUUUUUAAAAUAUCUUCCUUUCUUAUUUACGUUGAUGUGAUGUUCUUUCAUUUUUUAAAAAUCUGAAUAAAAUCGUAUUAAUUAUUAUUAAUACAAUUUCAUUUUAAUUUAUUUUUGUACAACUUAUAAUAUAGUAUGAUACAUAUUUUCUUAAAUAUAAGUACCUACUACAUGUAAGUAUGUAAGUAUACAUUUCAUUGUGAAUUAAAAAAAUAACACUAAAGAUAAUUGGUACAUAAGUCAUAAUAAGUGUUUUAACAACAACUUUAUAAUAUAUUUAGGCACGUUUGGUACAAAUUAUCAUUAUUGAUUUUAGACAAAAAAAAUUAUUUGUCCAAAAUGUGAUACGUAGGACACGUGUCCACUUAAAACGGAUGAAUUUUGUUUCAAUGCUCUACGGCUUAUAAUAAUACUGUAUUUAUUUAUAAAGCGCAUAUUAUGGUGUUAUAUGUUUUGUUGAUUUUGUAAUUAAAUUAUAUUUUAUUGUUGUAUGAAAACUAAAAGAAAAAUACGUUAAAACUAUAUUAACUACUUUGCACAAAAAAAAAAUGAAAUGCGAGGGACACAAAAUAGCGUGGAUUUAUUUUUCUGCACCAUAUUUAUCUACCUAGUAUACAGUGUGUUUCCUUUUAAAGGUAACACGACAUAUUUCAAUACAGUGACCUCG